AUGCCCCCAUGCACCUGUGAUUCAGAUGCUGAGAGCAGCAAUCUGUCUGAUGAACCAAACAAGGAAAGAGCUCCUGCUGCACCACACAGGCAGAUGCUAGUUGGUAUGGAGACACCUUCUCACUAUGACUCUGAUGACAAUGAUGAUGGUGAUGAAACUCACUAUGACAUCAACACCAUCUCUGGACUAAACCCCAAAAUGCUUAAAGGCAUACUCAUCAAACUUACCAAAUGCAACAAAGCAAGGAACAAUGAUGCAUACAAGAAACCCUCAUGCCAAUUGGACUUUCACCAAAGACUCUCCCACACCCAUGAUGCUCUCAAGGAGGCCCCCAAGCUCACGACCAAAAACUGGUAUGCCUGGAACCCCCAUCUCCAAGGUAUCCUGCCCAAUUGGCCUGCAGCCAUGAAGCACCUCAACAGUACCAUCACUCCUGAGCACAAGAAAUAUGAUUGUGCCCUCAACAGAGAACUAUGCACUAUUCUCCAGAGUAGUGCUUUGCUUGCCAGAAACAAUAAUGUCAACUAUCUAUUCAUACAACCCACCAACUCAGAACCUUGGAAACUGCAUGAACUCUACUGCAGACUCAAGACAGACCUCACAAAGAUGGAGAAGAUCGCUGAGUCAACCUUACUAAACAAAGUUGGGAGAAUCCACAUAUUCCAGGCAAAUGUCCACAAGCUCAUCACCAAUAUCAAUGAACAUUGGGCCAAGGCUGAAUCAAUGGGCCAUGCUCUUCCUGACAUCCUCAGGGUCAAGAUGCUCAUUGACCAGGCCAGAUACAUCACCUCAUACCACCAUUGUAUCACCAUGCUCGAAGACACUGGGAUGGCAUCAAACUAUGAAGUGCUUUGUGCCACACUUUUCAAAUGCCAGGAUAGCAUGACAGCAUGA